AGAUAGAGAUAUGUUUGAAUCAGUCUUAAUCAGCGCAAAAGAAAAGUAUGGAUGAGUUUGGUGCGGCACACCACAAGGAAGAGCACAGAAAAUCCCAAAUUCCCACCACGCAGGUCGCAGGCGCACCCGUCUCUCCCUUCUUCCUCCUCUCCCUCUUCUACACCCGACAGGCACAGGCACAGGCACAACGCAUCGUCCCCCUCCCUUUCCAGCGCCCCAACCACAAGGAACAGCCGAACAGGUCGGGGUCAAGCCAUCGGACCUUGAUUCCGCUUGCCCUCCUGCUUUAUCCCGCCGCCGCCGUCGUCGUCUCAACCGCCCACUCCUUCCUCUCCCUGCCGCUCCUGCGAAUCGCGAAAUCGGAGACCCCCGGACCGCCCUCCAAUGACGACCAUGAGCGACGAUGGUGACCGCACCUGCCCGCUCUGUGCCGAGGAGAUGGACAUCACUGACCAGCAGCUCAAGCCAUGCAAAUGCGGUUAUGAUAUUUGUGUUUGGUGCUGGCACCACAUCAUAGACAUGGCUGAGAAGGAGGAAACAGUGGGCCGCUGCCCUGCAUGCCGCACAUGCUAUGACAAGGACAGGAUCGUCAAGAUGGCUGCCACUUGUGACAGGACAGUGGCAGAGAAAAAUGCAGAGAAGAAGCACAGGACCCAAAAGGUUAAGCCAAAGGCAGCACCUUCAGCAGCAGCAACAUCAACUGUAGAAUCUAAGAAGCAUCUGGCUAGUGUCAGGGUUAUCCAGAGAAAUCUGGUGUAUAUAAUUGGGCUACCUGCACAUUUAUGCAAUGAGAGCGUACUUGAGUGUAGGGAGUACUUUGGCCAAUAUGGGAAAAUUUUGAAGGUUUCAGUUUCCCGUCCGACUGGGCCUCCCUCUCAGCAGGCAUCAGCAAACAGCAAUAUUAGUGUCUAUAUUACUUAUGCCAAAGAAGAAGAGGCCAUCCGGUGUAUUCAAGCUGUACACAAUUUUGUCUUGGAAGGGAAAGUGUUAAGGGCAUGUUUUGGUACUACGAAGUAUUGCCAUGCAUGGCUGCGAAACAUGACAUGUGGGAAUCCAGAUUGUCUCUAUUUGCAUGAUGUAGGCAGUCAGGAGGAUAGUUUUACUAAAGAUGAGAUCAUCUCAGCAUAUACAAGGACUAGAGUCCCUCAGAUGGCAUCUGGUGUUUCGCAAAGACGCACAGGCACUGUGUUGCCUCCUCCAGGAGAUGAUUUCUCUUACAGUGCGGUGGUUUCAGCCAAGCAUACAUUUAAGAAUGGAACACUUAAUACCACCAGUCAGCCCAGACUUUCACCUCCAAACAGUAGUUCUGGGAGGUCCACGCUUCCAUCAGCUGCCUCAUGGGGGCAGCGUGAUUUGAAUGCCAGGACAACAGCUACUGGAGCGACAUCGUCACAAUCUCAUACAAAACCAAAAUCAGAAUCACAAAGUAAUCCAUUUUCAAGUUCUUCAGUAUUUUCCUGUACAAAAACACCCUCUUCAUGGAAUGAUGAUACAAGUACAGCAGCAAAAAUAUCUGAAGGACAGCAACUGUCAGAAAAAGAGUCUAGAACCUUGCAGCCGUAUAAGCCUGGUAUUUCAAAGGAAACACAAGCUUUAUCAUCACUGGAGUCAUCACUGGACAUAGACUUCUCAACAAUACCUUCAGCUUGGAAUGACGAUGACAUUGUAGUACCAGAUGUGAUGCCAAAAGGAAGUGAUGAAAAUCAAGUUGCAAAUAAAAAUGGUGAGCUAACCCAUCCAGCAUCCAAGUCACUGGUUUUAUCUAAGAAAGACAUAAAAAUGAACAUUACCAGCAAAACUCCUUCAGAUUUUGUAUCAAGUCCAGCAAUAUCUAAAUCAGAUGUAAGUACUAGUGAUGGUGACCACUCACUCACCAAUAUUACUCCUAAAUGCCUUGCUUCAAAUGCUGUAGAAUGCCAAUCUAGUCAUACUGCUGUGGAGAAAAUGUUGGAGGAUAUUGGAUCCAAGGACACUGACAUGGAGAAGCUAUCUGCUCAGAUAUCUUCAGUAACAUUAGGUGGCAACGACGAGAUUCAGAGUAUGGCAGGAAAUCAACAACCAGAUGUAAUGCCAUGCACAUCUGUUGAUGUGCUCAUGGAUCAGAAUUUUGGCAGAGACCUAGCUCAUCCCAAUCCUGACGAGCUCUUAUUGCCUUCUGAAAAUAAGGAUAGUAUUGUUUCUUGUCAAUAUAGUUCUGAUAAGCGUCUUGAUUGGAGUUUGGAGAUGCAAAAUUGUAGCGUUACUCCUUUAAAUGAUAGAAUGGACUCUGCACUGCUCACUGACAAAAUUCAUAGUAGACAGCUGGAUGGUUCAGAGCAAUCAUCAUAUUCAUCAUUUGUUGAAUUUCCUAGUACAGUGGAUACCUCAUUGUGGAAUGAUACAGAAAAUAACGCUGCAUUGACGAUUGACAAUAUAACUUCUUCACAGAUGCAGCCAGGGUUUUCUUCAACUGAUAACACUUAUGCCUUGCUAAAUGGAGGUCAAGAUGGGCUAGGUACUGUAUAUACACAUGAUAAUGUUUCUGUAUAUACACAUGGCAAUGUUUCUGGACAUCCUGGAAUGGGAAGUCAUCACCAUAGAGCAAUGGGUUCAUUAAGAAACAAUAGUAUAGGAAGUUUUGACAAGACCAUAAGCGUAAAUAAGUAUGAAAGAAGAAUAAUUUCUGAUACGUUGUCAGAGUUUAAUCCAUGGGAUGAUUCAUAUUCGACUGCUAACAAUUUUGCUAGGAUGCUUAGGGAAUCUAAAAAUAAUGAUGUCCAUUGCAUUGCGCCUUCAUGGAAAUCAGGAACCGGGAUCAAAGAGUCCAGAUUUUCAUUUGCUAGACAGGAUAACCAAGGAAACUUGUUUGAUUCAUCUCUCAGAAACUGUGGUACUGGUACUGAGCAGAAUUUCAGUUUGCUACCCCAGAAUUCUCGAGGAAAUAUUUACCAGAAUGGCCUUGCAUUCCAAUCUCUAGAGAAUGAAUUUUCAAACAAUAACUCUCCUGGUGUAUUAGAUAUGGCAACUACUGGUACAUCGAUGUCUAAAAUAUCUGCCCCCCCAGGAUUUUCGGCACCAACAAGAGUACCCCCUCCUGGAUUUUCUACUGCAUUUCCAUCCCAGGAUAGUUUGAACCCCACUCCUGUGUUUCCUUCUGGAAUUUUGUGCCAUGGCGGGUCUAUCCCCCCUCCUAGAUUCUCUUCAUUUUCUUCUGGAAUUUCAACUCAGGAAGUGUCUAAGCCUCCUACUAGACCGCCUUCUCCAUUUUCUUCUAGAUUUUCAUCACAGGACGGUCUUGACCCCUCUUCUAGAUUCCCUUUUUCUUCUGGAUUUUCAUCACAUGAUGGGUCUAAUCAGUCGUAUGGCUCAACGAACCCAGAAAAUCUUCUCCGGGGUACUGUUCAGGGUGGCAACAGUAAUCAUUAUCAAUCUCAGUUUGGAAGGCACUCAAGUGACAUGGAGUUUGAUGAUCCUGCUAUAUUAGCCAUGGGCAAAGGGCUGAUGCCUGGAAUUGGCGAUUCAGGGCUGGAGAUGAAAAAUACUCCUGCUUUUCAAGCACAGUUGCAACCAGCAAGUAGUGAUCCAAGAUUUCAGUUACAUGUACAGCCAAAUGUGCAGUCUCGUCAAAACAUGAGAUUCACAGACCCUAUGCAAGAUGGUUUGAACCAUAUGAACGAUAAUUACCUGGCAUCCAGAUUUUUAGCUCAGAACCAGGGUCCUCUAUCUCCUUAUGUGCAGAUUCCGCAACAACCCAGAAACUCGCAGGUUAUAAAUGGUCACUGGGACGGGUGGAGUGAUUUGAGACAAGGGAAUAACGCUCCUAUGUCAGACAUGUCCAGGAUAUUAUAUCCAAGUGAAGUGAACAAGUUGCAUAUGCUGGGUUCAAAUGAUGUCCAUAACAGAGCCUUUGGAAUGUGAUCGUCUCCUGGGAUAAUGUGCGACUUUGAGCUGACAUGUUCAACUUGGGGCGUUUUGUGCAAGUAACUGGUUGCACAACACAUAGUAUACCUGAGGUGGUUAAUGGUGUUGUGCUCAUGAGCUGGCACACGACUAUUUAUUGCUGUUGGAGUUGACCAAAAUGAACCUUAGUUUUGGUCCAUCCAUUUGGAAUUACCAGGUUCAUUCUCGUCUAUGAUUUGUGAAGCUUGAAUGAAAAGAAAGAUUACGUGCCUGAGAAGAACAAGGCAGCUGAAGUUGAAAUAGAUAGAGAUAUGUCUAUUAUGGGAUGUGGUGUGACUUGCGAGCGAAAGAGAUGAAGAAGAUUAGGUGGGCUUGGCUUGAUGGCAGCUUGUUUUUUCUUGUGUCUUGUACAUGAUGAUAUUGGUCGGUGGUUGUAUAUGACUUGUGAUCGACGGUGGCUGCAUUAACCUGUAGUGGUUGCCCUUGCUCCUUCCUGCCUGUUUUGUUUGCAGCUCCUCCUGUUUUGCAUAGUUUAUGCUGAUUAAGGGAAUUGGUGAAAGUCUAGUGUUACCCAUGGUAUAAUAAUAGGGAACUGGUUUCUUUGUUAGCAUUA